AAAGCCAACAAGGACUACCAAAGCAAAAAUGCGCAUACACACGAGUAGAGCACAGUAGCCAAGCAACUGAGCAAGCGAGCCCCAGUCAGUCACUCCCACCGCCGCCCCCGAUUCCCGCCGCCGCCGCCGCCGCCGCCGCCAUCCAAGGCUCGUACUUCUCCUCCCGCCGCCCCUGUCGGCCGUGAUCUCCUCCGGAACUACCAGCCGGGACCGCCGCUCUGUCUACUCGCCCCAGCCGGAGAUCCGCCCGGAGCGGCAUUUGUCUUUCUGGGUCAAUCAACGAUUUGGAAUGUUUUUCAGAGCUGAAGCACAGAAGUCUGGGAGUUGGAUCAUAAUAUUCUUUUAGGGAUAUGCUCCAACCAAGGGAAGCUGAUGUGCCUGCACUCUUUGUUGUAUUUAUCGUACUUCCGGUGAUAGCAUAUUUUCUUCUUGGGAGAUGGCAUGAUGCUGUAAGUAAGAAGGCAAGGGUAGGUGUGCUUGCCCAGAAAGCUGCAGAAGAAGACUUUAAAGUGGAAACAAUGGCGUGUCCAGAUGUUGUAUUGCCAGGACCUUCUUUGAGACCCAUGCCGUAUUUGAGAUCUGUACCUUCUUUUAGACCUGAAUACCAUGAGUGUGCUACUUGCCAUGGUCCUGCAAAGACCCGGUGCUCGAGAUGCAAGUCUGUUAGAUACUGCUCUGGUAAGUGUCAAAUAAUACACUGGAGGCAAGGGCAUAAGCAAACAUGCCAGCUAUGGCAUGUUAACGGUGGUAGCAACUCUGGCUUACUACCUAAUACGGAGGGUUCUGAACAGAUGCCAUUCUUGAGUAACCUGAAUUCACCUCUUCCAGGGGGUGACAAUCACCUGCAUGACCUGAAUUUUGAUACUGUAUCAGAGCCGUCCUUUGCGACAACUGAUAGCUAUACUCUAGGUACUGAUGCAUUUCCCACAGAAAAAUCAAACCAAAAUCCGCAUUCAAGUGAAAAUGGUGCUUCUGUUGCCUCUUCUGAAAAGUGCAACCACAGUGUUGAUGACGAAACCCGCUCAUCUGAAAUUGCAUCAGCAAAUAAGGUUUCAAACAACAGUUUUGGUUGUUCAGAUGGGAAGAAUGGGAACCCUGAUUCAACUUAUCUCCACAAUGGUAUGGUACAACAUCCCAAUAGUUGUGCUCCUGAAACAAGAAAACGACCUAAAGCAAGCAUCACGGUUUAUGAACCCGACAUGGGUGUCUAUUUAACUUCUGAUAUGAUCAGUUCUUGUGAGGGGCCAUAUGCUUCUGCGACAGAGUCACUACAGAGGAGCAACUCAUCUGGAAAAGCUACUGGAAAAGGAAACAUGGUGCACAAGAAGCCUCCUUAUCCAUCAGGCAAGGUGGCUUCAUCACAAAAAUCACAGGAAGUGUCAACGUCAUAUCAAUAUGAUGACCAUGAAAAGAAUCCUUACAGCAAAAGUGAUCAAAGAUUUACCAAACCAAGUGUCUCGACAAGCAACAAUUUACAAGGAAGCAAUGGAACCUCAAAGUUAGGAAUAUCCAAAGUUGAUGUUCUGAGGAAGCCCUCAAAAUUUCUAAAAACCAGCCUGGUGGGUUUAAUCAAUGAUAAUAAGAGGAGCAAGGUAUUGUUUAGGUAUGAGGAUCUUGUUAAGUUCUUUCAGUAUGAAGUACGGGGCAUUUCUCCCAGAGGACUUUUCAAUUGUGGGAACAGCUGCUAUGCUAAUGCUGUUCUACAAUGUCUGAUGUGCACAAAACCCCUGAUGAUCUACCUGCUUUUGAGAUUGCAUUCUAAAGACUGUUCAAAGAACGGGUGUCUUAUGUGUGAACUUGAGCAAUAUGCUUCAACAUUACGUGAAAGUGGCGGACCCGUGUCUCCAAGUAGAAUCCUUUCUAAUCUGAGGAAUAUUGGAUGUCGCUUGGGUGGUGGAAGUCAGGAAGAUGCUCAUGAAUUUUUAAGGCAUCUUGUGAUGUCUAUGCAAGCAGCAUGUUUGGAUGGAUUAGGUGGUGAGAAGCACGUAGAACCAAGCUUGCAGGAAACUACACUGAUACAACAGAUGUUUGGUGGCCGCCUUAAAUCUAAGGUUAAGUGCCUCAGAUGCCUUCACGAGUCUGAAAGAUAUGAGAAUAUAAUGGAUCUUACAUUGGAGAUUCAUGGUUGGGUGGAGUCUUUGCAAGAUGCUUUGACACAAUUCACUGCUCCUGAAGAUUUAGACGGGGAGAAUAUGUAUAAAUGUGGAAGGUGCUGUGCUUAUGUCAAAGCAAGAAAACAACUAAGCGUGCAUGAGGUGCCGAAUAUAUUAACAGUAGUUUUGAAAAGAUUCCAGACAGGAAAGUACGGCAAGAUUAACAAAUGUGUCACUUUCCCUGAAAUGUUGGACAUGGUUCCUUUUGUCACUGGGGCUGGUGAUCACCCCCCUCUUUACUUCUUAUACGCUGUGGUCGUACAUGUGGAUACAGAAAAUGCAUCAUUCUCUGGUCAUUACAUUUCAUAUGUCAAAGAUAUGCAGGGCACAUGGUUGAGAAUUGAUGACUCGGAGGUCAAGGCUGUAUCACCGAAUCAAGUUAUGUCAGAAGGUGCCUAUAUGCUAUUCUACUUGAGAUCUUUCCCUCGCCCACCAAGGAUAUACAUUGAAAAAGGCCUAUUGCCUGUUACAUCAUCCGCAAAGCGCCACUCAUCAAAAUCCUCCAAGGGCUCUAAAGAAGAGCAGAAGCUGGCAGAAUCACUAUUUGCUUCCAAUGAUAAAAUAUGCGGUGUCUAUGAUUUUAGACCAGACGAGGAAGGCUACAGGCAAGAUCAGCAUGCUGAGUUGAGGCCAAGAAAUUUUUAUCAUACCGAUGAUGCUUUUGCAGAAUCGGUUAGCACAGACUUCUCGGAUGCUACAUCAAGCGAAUGGUCACUGUUUACGAGCUCUGAUGAAUCCUCGUUUACCACUGAAAGCACUAGAGAUUCAUUCAGUGUUGUGGAUUACAGUGACAAUGCUGGCCUUGAUCCAAUUACUUCUAUAUUCGGGCCAUAUUAUGCUCCGGACCAUCCUCCUGGCAAUUUUGCCUCAUGUACAAGGUUCUCACCUUCCAAUCCAGAAACAAGAUACUUUUCUGAGAGCACAGGCUUUGUCUCAGAUUCCUCCUCCUUGCCAACUCAUCCCUACGGCAAUGUACAUAGAGGAAGAUAUCCAGACAGGGCUUGCGCAUCUUCAGCUGAACCUCUUGCUUCAGCAAACCAGCGAAGCGUGUAUGGUAGGUAUGGCCAUAGUAGAGAUGGUUUUGUGCAAACAUCUGGAUUUUGUCACAUGUAAUGGGUCUACAGUUGAUAGUCUUAGCUGGAGCUGGGCAGCUGUGUGUUAGCAGCGCCGUUAAUAUCGCCUCAUGUUCUUUUUUUUCAGAUGAGGCAUAUUUAAUCUUAGCUGCAUAUGCUAGAGGUAGUUGACUCAGUGUAGCGAAGUAAACUAGAUUCAUUCUAGAUGCUUUAGCUUUAGCGUUUCGGAUGACAUAUUUAGAACUCAGGGACAGGCUUUGUGCCAGCCAUUGCUCAACCUAAAGAUGGUCAAGCAUUUAUUUAGUGUAUGGAAGAAGGGUUCCAUUUGCUUCCAGAUUUCAGAAAUUGCUCGGGCAAAGAAAGAGAGGCUGCUAAUCUGAGGGGCAUCUGUUGAGUAAAAUGUAGUUAUUGUCUAAUUUUCUGAUUUAUUUUGGUAGAGGAACAGUUUGGAA